AAAAUAUUUUAUCGUUCUGCUUUGCUGCUUGUGUUGGGAGAGCGAGUGGAAGGCAUGGCGAUGGGGCUGGAGGCCGGGGACUACGGCGCCUUCAUGGAGAAAUUCGAGCUGCUCCCUCCGCAAUCUCAGCAGCAGCUCCCGCUGCACGGCCUCACCUUCGCCAUCAAGGACAUCUUCGACAUCAGCGGCCGCGUCACCGGGUUCGGCAACCCGGACUGGGCGAGGACGCACGCCCCCGCCGCCGCCACCUCCCCCGUCGUCCUGGCCACGCUGGCCGCCGGCGCCACCAGCGUCGGCAAGACCGUCAUGGAUGAGAUGGCCUACAGCAUAAAUGGGGAGAACGCGCACUACGGCACGCCGACGAAUCCGUGCGCUCCCGAUAGAGUCCCCGGAGGAUCCUCCAGUGGAUCAGCUGUUGCAGUUGGCGCGAAACUCGUGGACUUCGCUCUGGGAACUGACACCGGCGGCAGUGUGAGGGUACCUGCUGCCUAUUGUGGCAUAUUUGGACUCAGGCCUUCCCAUGGAUUGGUUUCGACUGAAAAUGUCAUUCCGAUGUCGCAGAUGUUCGAUACUGUUGGGUGGUUUGCUAGAGACCUCUCUACAUUUUCUCGUGUAAGCAACGUGUUGUUGCCGCUGCCUGCUGACAACAUUAUCAAGCAACCAACUCAAUUUUCGAUUCCUAAGGACUGUUUUGAAAUCUUAGGUUCUCUGAAGGAUAAGACAUAUCAGAUUCUCAAUGCUUCAGUAGCUAAGAGAUUUGGUAGUGAUGCAGUAGAUAAUAGGAACCUUGGUGAAUUCGUCUCCGACAAUGUCCCAACAAUUGGGAAAUUUAUUAGCAACUUCUCCAAAAGCGAAGCACCUUCCAUACCUGCUCUAUCUGUUAUUUCAUAUGUCAUGCGAUGCCUCCAAAGGUCCGAAUUCAAAGCCAAUCAUGCAGAGUGGGUCAACACUGUAAAGCCUAACCUAGGCCCAGGAAUCCGAGAGCGAGUGUACGAGGCCAUUACAUCAGAAGAUGGACCCAUGGAGGAUUUUCAUGCUCUGAGGACUGAAUUCAAGUCUGCACUUUCUGCUCUUGUCAAGGAUGAUGUAAUCCUUGUGAUCCCAACAGUUCCUGGUUCUCCACCAAAGCUGCGCAUGGAAGCUGCUGCUCUGGAAAACUUCCGGGCAAGAGCAUUUUCACUUCUGUCAAUCGCUGGACUGUCUGGGUUUUGCCAGUUGAGCAUUCCACUUGGCAUGCACGAUGGUGUUCCAGUGUCGGUCUCGCUCGUGGCACGCCAUGGCGCAGACCGGUUCCUCAUCAGUGUGGCUCAGGAGCUGUAUGAGACGCUCAAAGAGGAAACCAAGAAAGCAUGGAGCUCAUCAGACUCCUCUCCCUGAGCUCAUCAGACUCCUCAUCAAAGAGGAAACCAAGAAAGCAUGGAGCUGCAGAGUUCUUGUUCCAUCAGUUCUCAUUCUAUCUGUGUAUCCUCCAUGACCAUGAGUAUUAUCGAUCUUGGUGUUCAUGUCGUACAGGCAUAUAGCAUUGUAUCCAUGUAUACUGAAAAGAAAAGUGUUUUACCCCCAUACCAGUUUGCUGCUUCUGUAUGUGUAUAGAGAUAAGAGUAUUACUACGAGUUCAGGGCAUCUUUGGAAAUUGAAACUCUGGAGUGAAAAGGGUCAGGAAUGGGCAAGGCACAGUGAAUGACUAGGAAUGCACUAGCGUAGAAGGCAAGACACAGGAAUUUGUGUUUGUUGAGUAUUUGUACCCAAAAAAGCACAUAAAGGAUAAAACUGUAAAUGUCAAAAUGCUUUGAGAGAAA